UGUUUUUUUUUGUUUUUUUUUAUGAUGGAUGGGUAGAAGGUAUAAAAGCCAAAGCAGAGGGAGGACAGAGCGAGUCUCCCUAUGAAGGUUAGCAGAAGGCUUGAAGAAGGCCAGACAUAAACGGACAGCGGCAGCAUGUUUUGUUUUCUCUUGCUGACCUGUGUGCUCUGCAUAGGACAAACUGCAGGACAGAGAGAUGGUGAAAUCAUAAAUCAGAUUAAAAAGUCAAACCUUGCCCUGUCGGAGAUAAACGAUCUUCUGAAACAAAUGAUUAAAGAAAUGGUUUUCCUCAAGAAUUCAGUGAUGGAGUGUGAAGCCUGUGGGAUGGGAAGGGGUCGGCCUCGUCCUUCCUGUGUGCCCAAUCCUUGCUACACUGGUGUAAGGUGUAUGGAGACGCCUUACGGGCCAAGGUGUGGCCCCUGUCCAGAAGGCAUGGAGGGCAAUGGCACCUACUGUGUUGACGUGGAUGAGUGCUCUGUGAUCCCAUGCCACAUGGGUGUGCGCUGCAUCAACACUUCCCCGGGGUUCCGCUGUGGUUUGUGUCCCUCGGGAUACGCUGGACCUCAAGUACACGGUAUCGGUAUCGCUUACGCCACCGCCAACAAGCAGGUAUGCAAGGACAUUGAUGAAUGUGCCAUCCACACAAAUGGCGGCUGUGUUGACAAUUCCUUCUGUAUGAAUACGCCAGGCUCCUUCAGAUGCGGCCCCUGUAAGAGGGGCUACGUAGGUGACCAGCGGCAGGGUUGCCGACCCGAGAGGGCGUGUGGGAACGGCCAGCCCAACCCUUGUCACGCCAGCGCCGAGUGCAUCCUCCCUCGAGAUGGCAAGAUUGAAUGUCAAUGUGGAGUUGGAUGGGCGGGCAAUGGUUUCCUGUGUGGACCUGACAUCGACAUUGAUGGUUUCCCAGAUGAGAGGUUGGACUGCGCUGAGAGGAACUGUGCCAAGGACAAUUGUCUCACCGUGCCCAAUUCUGGUCAAGAGGAUGCUGAUGGUGAUGGAAUCGGAGAUGCUUGUGAUGACGAUGCAGACGGAGAUGGGAUCCCCAACACACAGGACAACUGCGUGCUGGUGCCCAACGUGGACCAAAGGAACAUCGACGAAGAUGACUUUGGUGACGCUUGCGACAACUGCCGUGCCGUCAAGAACAAUGACCAAAAGGACACCGACGUGGACAAAUUUGGUGACGAAUGUGAUGACGAUAUCGACGGGGACGGAAUCCCCAAUUAUCUGGACAACUGCAAAAGAGUUCCGAAUGCUAAUCAGAUAGAUCGUGAUGGAGACAAAGUUGGAGAUGCUUGUGAUAGCUGUCCCUACGAUCACAACCCGGACCAGUCGGACGCGGACAACGACCUGAUUGGAGACCCUUGCGACACCAACAAAGACAGUGACGGCGACGGUCACCAAGACUCUCGAGACAACUGCCCGGCCGUCAUUAACAGCUCCCAGCUGGAUACCGACAAAGACGGUAAAGGAGACGAGUGUGACGAUGACGACGACGACGAUGGUAUUCCGGACCUGCUGCCGCCGGGUCCCGAUAAUUGCCGUUUGAUCCCGAACCCCCUACAGGAGGACUCUGAUGGCAAUGGCGUAGGUAAUGUGUGUGAACGGGAUUUCGACAACGACACCAUCAUCGACACCAUCGACGUUUGUCCUGAAAACGCCGAGGUCACGCUCACCGAUUUCCGGGAGUAUCAGACGGUGGUUUUAGAUCCAGAGGGGGAUGCUCAGAUUGACCCCAACUGGGUGGUGCUGGAUCAGGGGAGAGAAAUUGUCCAGACAAUGAAUAGUGAUCCGGGCUUGGCGGUUGGUUACACUGCUUUUAGCGGUGUCGAUUUCGAAGGGACAUUUCACGUCAACACUCGGACGGACGACGACUAUGCCGGAUUUAUUUUCGGGUACCAGGACAGCUCCAGUUUCUACGUGGUCAUGUGGAAGCAGGUGGAGCAGAUCUACUGGCAGGCCAACCCAUUCAGAGCUGUGGCGGAACCAGGAAUCCAACUGAAGGCCGUAAAGUCCAACACGGGGCCCGGUGAGAACUUGAGGAACGCCCUUUGGCACACCGGUGACACCAGCGACCAGGUGAAACUACUUUGGAAAGAUGCUCGCAAUGUCGGCUGGAAGGACAAGACGUCGUAUCGUUGGUUCCUCCAGCACCGACCCGCUGAUGGAUACAUCAGGGUUCGAUUUUAUGAGGGUCCUCAGUUGGUGGCAGACACAGGUGUCAUCAUAGACGCCACCAUGCGGGGAGGUCGACUCGGAGUCUUCUGCUUCUCCCAGGAGAACAUCAUCUGGGCCAACCUGCGUUACCGAUGCAAUGACACUAUCCCGGAAGACUUUGACACCUAUCGUGCACGGCAUGUUCAGCUGGUGGCCUGAAAGAAAUGAUCAACAAAGCCUUCGGGGAAAAACUCCAAUCACAUUCAAAUCUCAGACUGAUGUCAACUUAUCAGAAGAGGACAUUUCUGACAGUGUAUGCAAGAAGAAAACCUGAACUUUAAGUAGCAAAACUUUUCAUAUAGCUCAAGAGGUUUUAGUGUUAACCAACCAUUUCCCAAGCAUGCACAUAUUCAAAAUAAUCUUUCAAAUUUGCAUUUGGAAAUACAGAUUACAAAAAAAAAA